AUUCCAAAUUUCUGCUUCCUGAAGUAAAAAAAGAAAUUUAUGAAGAUGAAUUUGCAGAGUCUGCCUCAUCUUUGAGAAGUGGCAAAAUCUCAACUCACUCCUGUUCGAAACCUUUUGUUGAAAUUAAUCAUACUGACGAAGGCAAGACUUCUGGAGAGAAGUUGAACACUAAAAAUAUUCAUACAGAAGAAAGACCAUUUUGCUGCAAAAUUUGCCCGAAAGCAUUUUGGCACCAAAGUAAUCUGUUGAUACACAAGAAAAUUCAUGCAGGUGAAAAACCAUUCCAUUGUGAAUUCUGUUCAAAAUCAUUUGGCCGGUUACCGCACUUGAAAGACCAUAAUUUGACUCAUACAGGAGAAAAGCCGUUCCACUGCAAUUUCUGUUCGAAAUCUUUCAAUCAGAUGGGCAAUUUUAAAAGACACGAAUUAGUUCAUACAGGUGAAAAACCUUUUAGAUGCAAGAUCUGCCCGAAAGGUUUCAGUUCGAAAG